AUGUUCGAUGCUUUCAUUCCGAAUGCUAGCGUUGUCAGCACCAUCUUUCGCUCUUUUCAGUCUGUUCUUUUCUACCUAUCUACUUUCCAUUCAAUCCGUGUUACAUGCGGUCCGAAAUGUCUACUUUCAUUCAAUCCGUGUUACAUUCUUCACUCUUUUGGUUCUGUCCUGGGGCGCAAGGGCAUCGCAUACUAUGCUUUGAGUCUCAAGUGCACUGAUACCAUGGACUUUCAACUUUCACCAUCCACGGUCGGACGGUCCCAAGGCUCGCGUUCUCUUCAUCCGCCCUAUUCUUCUUUCUUGAAGUUCUGUCCCUGGCACCCAAACAUGCUCCAUUUUAACAUCUUCAGCCUCUCCGUCCGUGGACUUUCACCAUGCACGGUCGCAAGACUCACGUUCUGUCCUCUCUUGUGCUACUUUGCUGCACGUCCGACUCUCAAGGUGAAUCCACCCACGCCGUUUGUUACCCGUUGGACAGUCAUGUGA